UAAUUGACGCUUAGAUGAAAUUUUCUUCUGUUUUAGCAGGCAUAUGGUAAUUUUGAUUGUCAGUCCAGGGAACAUUUUUUGAGCGUCUACUACUAUCAGGAAAUAUACAAGGUAGAAAAAAAUGAAUGACUGCUCUUAUUCCUAGGUCAUUUCUGGUCUAAUAGGAGAAAUGAACACAUGAACAGUUUUAGUAUGCUUGUUUAAAAAAAUCAUAGAGUUUCCUUGGGAUCACCGGAGUGUGUUCAGCUUAGGGUGUGUGUGAGAGUGUGAUACUGAGAACUGGUCGAGAGGUUGUAAGAGUGUUGUCAGUGGAAAGGGAAAGCCUUCUUAAAGAAGCUAAUACUGUUUUUAUUUCACAAUUCUUGGGAUGAAAAAACCAAACUUGGCUUUCUUUUUAAAGUCAUAAGCCAAUCACUUAACUAGAAUUUAGAAAAAGUUUAAUACCUCUUUAAUGCUUACAGUAUCUCUAUCAUGAGUUAUUUUUUUUACUAUUCCUGUUCUAUUUUAUAGAUGAGGAAGGAGGUAGAAGUGGUUACAGUGGAAGAUUUUCAAGUUUUUUAAUCAAGGAGGGACAGACGGUAGCUUACAAGACAGUAGAUUUAUUACAAACAGAAACAGCUCGAAGAAAACUGAUUUUAUUUUGUAUGUAGUUCUGUAUUUCUGAUGUAGACAAGUAUAGUUGGUCUGGGCAUUUUAUGCUUAUAAAUCAGUUGUAGAGAAAAUCAGAGAAUGUGAUUCUAAUAGAUUGAGAAAAAUUAUAAAAUCCUGAGUUGUAUGUGUAAAGUUAUUUUGGGGGAAACAUUAUUUUUAUGUGGACUGCUUAUUAAAGGCAAGGAGAGUGUUAGUAAAGAGCUUAGCUGACUAGAUUAGAACAAAGAAAUUGUCUCUUCCCAUCUGUCCUAAUUAGCUUAUCUCUCCUGCUCUCAUAGCAUGUUCGUUAUUUCAGAAAAGAAGGGAGAGUUACUUUGAAAGGACACCAUUUUUAUUUAGCUAAUUUAUAAUGAUUUUGGAAUGGUUGUCAGUUCUCAAACAUAAACUUAUAAAUGUUAGACUUCUUCUGUAGCAGUUUGUUACUGGACGUUUCAAGGCUUUUCAAGUUACAGAUUUUGGCCUCUCCUCCUCCUUUUGGUUUUGGCUCAAAUGAUUAUGUUUCCUCAUUUUGGGAAGAUUUCUCUGUGUAUUUUGAUAUUUGUCCUGAUAGAAGGAAACCGUCCAUCAUUAACAGCACAAACCUCCUUAUCUUUAGAAGAGAUCCAAGAACCCAAGAGUACAGUUUCUUUUCUCCAGACUGACUCAGAAUCCACAGAUUCUUCUCUACCUGCUAAAAAGAAACAGCCUCUGGACAACAGAGAAAGUGAGAGACGUUGGUUGCUCAGAAGAAAGCGAUCGACUUUAUUUCCUAAUGGUGUGAAAACCUGCCCAGAUGAAAGUGUUACAGAGGCUGUGGCAAACCACGUGAAAUAUUUUAAAGUCCGAGUAUGCCAGGAAGCUGUCUGGGAAGCCUUCAGGACUUUUUGGGAUCGACUUCCUGGGCAUGAGGAAUAUCAUUAUUGGAUGAAUUUGUGUGAGGAUGGAAUCACGACUAUAUUUGAAAUGGGCACACAUUUUAGUCAGUCUGUGGAACACAGAAGCUUAAUUAUGCAGAAACUGACAUAUGCAAAGGAGACCGUAAGUGGCUCUGAAUUGUCAUCUCCAGCUCCUGUUGGUGACAUGUCAACGCUGGGAGAUGCUGGUCUCAGUGCUCCAUAUCCAGGGGUGACCUCCUAUGACGGGAUCUCAGAGAGCAGCUUGGAGAGGCCAGAAGACAGUAUUAGCAAUGAAAUUGAGACUGUGAUAGAAGAAUCCGCAAAACCAGCCACUGAGCAGGUUGCAGAAUUCAGUAUCCACCUUUUGGGGGAACAGUACAACGAAGAACUACAGGAUCCCUCCAGCGUUCACCACCAGCGCCUUGUAGAAGACUUUAUUUCAGAGGUGGAAAAUGCAUUUACUGGGUUACCAGGCUACAAGGACAUUCGUGUACUUGACUUUAGGUCCCCUAAGGAAAAUGGCAGUGGCAUAGAUGUUCACUAUGCGGUUACCUUCAAUGGGGAGGCCAUCAGCAAUACCACCUGGGACCUAAUUAGCCUACAUUCCAACAAGGUGGAAAACCAUGGUCUUGUAGAAUUGGAUGAUAAGCCCACCGCUGUUUAUACAAUUAGUAACUUCAGGGAUUAUAUUGCUGAGACACUGCACCAGAAUUUUUUGCUGGGGAGCUCUUCUUUGAAUCCAGAUCCUGACUCCCUUCAGCUUAUCAAUGUGAGAGGGGUUUUACUUCCCCAAAGUGAAGACCAAGUUUGGAACACUCAAAGUUCAAGUCUUCAGCAAGCCCUACCGUCUAUUCUGGAUAAUACCCCUCAAGCUGAAUGGCCCUCAGCAGAUGAAUCCACCAUGAGCAACAUUUCACCACUUGGUUUCAGCUCUGGCCUUCCUUCAGCCACUGUCAGGGAACUCUGGUCAGAAAGCCCUUUGGGUGAUUUAGUGUCUACACCCAAAUUAGCCUUUCCCUCGAAGGUGAGCCUCAGUCCUUCCCCAGAGGUUUUAGACGUUAGCGGCUUGACUCUUCAUUCUGUCACCCCAGCAGUGCUUCAGACUGACCUGCCUGUGGCUUCUGAAGAAAGGACUUCUGGGUCUCACGCAUUAGAAGAUGGAUUAACGAAAGUUGAAGGGUCAGAAGAUUUUCUUUCUGUUAAUCCAUUGCCUUCAAGUCCAUUUACUUAUCCUGUGCCAAAAGAAACACCACGAUCCAUGGAAGACUCUGGGGUAUCUUUGCCAUCCUCACCAUAUCCAGUCUCCUCUGUCACAUUUGAUCUUGUUGCUAAAGAAGUAACUACACCGUUUGGCAUGGACUCUUUGGCCUCCAAAGUCAAAGACCAAUUGGAAGUGAGCACUUGGAUGCCAGACACAACUAUGGAAAAAGAGUUCAUGUUUGAAAGUGGUUUGGGUUCAGGGUCUGGGAAAAAGGUAGACCUGAUUACUUGGCCAUGGAGUGAGGCUUCAUUAGAGAAGAGCACUGAACCAUUGUCCAAGCCGUGGCUUGAAGCGGAGGAUUCACCUUUGCUAACUGAGGGUAUAGAUGUGAAACUAGUUACAGGUGACAAAAUAGAUUCUGCAGAUCAACCCACUGAGCAUUCAGAAUAUGGGCCUUUCGAUGGGUCCACAAACUUUGCAGAAGAUGAGCCCCUCGGUGGACCUACUCUGUCCCUCUUUGCAGAGACCACAACUCAAUCUGCAUCUCCAAUUCUACCCAAGCAAACAUCAGAAAUACCUGACAUUGAUUAUUACUCAGUUACCAAACCACCUCCUCUGCUGACAUUUGUGGCAGUCUCUGCUUCUACUGAUAAAGCAGAUCAAGUAGAACCCUUUCUAAAGGAGGAUAUGGAGCAGACUACAGAGUCAUUUAACCGUGAAUGGUUUGACAGCAAGAUUUCAAUAGUGAAGUCAGAUAUGCAGCCUUUGAGGACCACAGUGCCAGAGUCAGAUGUCAUUUGGGCAAGAACUUCUCCCUUAGGGAAACUGUCCAGAGACACAUUGGCAAGUACACCACCGAGUACUGACAAGCUCUGGUUGAAAGCUUCCAUGACACAGUCUACCAAAUUGUCUUCAACCAUAAGCUCCACCCUGUUGGAAGAUGAAGUCAUUAUGGGUGUACAGGAUAUUUCAUUAGAGUUGGACCAGAUAGGCACAAAUUACUAUCAGCCUGAGCCAAUCCCUGAGGAAAGUGGCAUGGUUGGUAGUUAUGUGGAAAUGUCUACAAAUAUUCACUCCACAGAGAUGGCUGUUGUGGCUCAACCCACAAGAAGUGAUGACUUGAGUCAUACCCAAGCCGUAGGAGCUGUGGUGGUUUUCUUCAGCCUCAGAGUGACUAACAUGAUGUUUUCAGAAGAUCUGUUUAAUAAAAACUCUUUGGAGUAUAAAGCCCUGGAGCAAAGAUUCUUAGAACUGCUGGUUCCCUAUCUCCAAUCAAAUCUCACUGGAUUCCAAAAUUUAGAAAUCCUGAACUUCAGAAAUGGCAGUAUUGUGGUGAACAGCCGAAUGAAGUUCACCAGGUCUGUCCUUCCUAACGUCACCAAUGCUGUCUACGUGAUUUUGGAGGACUUUUGCACUACUGCCUACCAAACCAUGAACUUGGCUAUUGACAAAUACUCCCUUGAUGUGGAAUCAGGUGAUCAGGCCAACCCUUGCAAGUUUCAAGCAUGCAAUGAAUUUUCUGAGUGUUUGGUCAAUCCCUGGAGUGGAGAGGCAGAGUGCAGAUGCUACCCUGGGUACCUGAGUGUGGAAGAGCUGCCCUGUCAGAGUCUCUGUGACCUACAGCCCAACUUCUGCUUGAAUGAUGGGAAGUGUGACAUCAUGCCUGGACAAGGGGCCAUUUGUAGGUGCCGGGUGGGUGAGAACUGGUGGUAUCGUGGCGAGCACUGCGAAGAGUUUGUGUCUGAGCCCUUGGUGAUCGGCGUCACCAUUGCCUCCAUGGUUGGACUUGUCCUCGUUUCUUCUGCUGUGGUCUUCUUCAUCAUCAAGGCUCUUCAAGCUCAGUAUGUUAGGAGGGAAAGAGAGAGAUCCUCCAGCAGGCAGCCUGAUGGCCUCUCAUCCGUAGAAAGUGCCGUGAAGCACAACCCCGUAUUUGAGAGUUACGAGUCUGACCUCGAGCGGUAUGAGGGCCCCUACCCUCCGCGGCCCUUCUACAGCUCCGCAGACAGAGAGGUGAUCGCUGGUCUGAGCAGGGAGGAGAUCAGACAGAUGUAUGAGAGCAGUGACCUUUCCAGAGAGGAAAUUCAAGAAAGAAUGAGAAUUUUGGAACUGUAUGCCAGGGAUCCUGAGUUUGCAGCUUUUGUCAGAGAACAUCAAAUCAGGGAAGAGCUUUAAUCAAAACUCGUAUUUGCAACUGAUUAGAAGCCUAGAGAAGAUGGAGAUCGCUCAUUGCAUCAUAUUAAUUAACCUGGAUUUGGAACUCUGUUGAAAGAAGAGUUUUCUAUUAAAAAGCUAAAUUUGGGACUCAAAAUUUUUUUCUAGUUUAAAAUUUUAGAAUUUGGCCAGAGAUGUGAUGGUAUUUAUAUCUGCAAAGACCAAAAACUGUAUUUCAGUUCAGUCGCUCAGUUGUGUCUGACUCUUUGUGACCCCAUGGACUGCAGCACGCCAGGCCUCCCUGUCCAUCACCAACUCCUGGAGUCUAC